AAAGUUUUUGGAUUCCUAUUAACCUGUAAAGAAAGAUCAUAAAAGAAGGUCAUAAUUAUUUAUUGGUAUUAUUUAACAAGCAUUUCUAAGAAAUGUGUGUGUAACGAACAACGUGGGUUACUUGUAGAUAUUUGUUACGCGACGCGACGACUGAACGUUUAACAAUUCGGUUUUUUUUGUGUGUUGACGUAAUAGAUAACAUGUUUUGGACAUCACUUGCCAAUUAUGUGUAAAUUAUAAAGUAAUUAUAUUUCCCACUCUUCCCCAGCAAUUACGAAACAAUCGAUAAUAUAACCUUACUUAUACAAGAUCAAAUUAGAUUUGCUUGAUACAACCAGUAUUUAAGUUUAAACAUUGACGAAACUAUCAAGAAUUUGCAUGAACAAAAAUUCUACACAACAAACACGUGGUGCGAAUGUGAUAAGCGUUGCAGUGGCACAAUACAAAAAUGGCAAGUAAACUUCUGAUAAUUGGAAUUAGUGGCGUGACAUGUGGCGGUAAAACCACACUGUCAUCUCGCCUCAAGGAAUGCUUACCAAAAACUAGAUUAAUUUCGCAAGAUGAUUAUUUUCUCGACGUCGAUGACCCGCGACACACUUGGAUAUCAGAAUUAAAUCAUAUAAAUUUUGACAUAUUAUCCAGCUUAGAUAUGGAAAAAAUGAACAGGGAUAUACAGAACAUCGUCAGAAAUACACAUUUAUUUAAAAUUUCUAACAUUAAUAAAGGAAAUAAAAACAUACAAUCCAUAGAAACGUUUCAAAAUUUAGAGGUUGCAGUUUACGAAAAGGUGAAAAAAUCUAACGUUUAUAUACUUAUUGUAGAAGGAUUUUCAAUAUUUAAUUAUAAGCCUUUACAAAAUGCAUUCCAUUUAAAGUAUUAUUUCACAUUAUCAAAAGAAGAGUGUUGGCAACGUCGCGAGCAGCGAGUGUAUGAACCUCCAGAUUGUCCUGGUUAUUUUGAAAAGUGCGUGUGGCCCGAACAUGAGGAGCAACUGAGAGAAGUACGUGAAGAAGUAACAGAUGUAAAAUAUUUCGAUGGGACAUCCAAUAAUGCAUUUGAAUCAGUUCUUCUAGACAUUGACAGCAUUUUAGAUUAAUGAAUGUUGUAUAAGCUUCUACAAUAAAUAAAAUUUUCUUGUAGCAAGUA